AUGAAAAUCGUUGAAAUAUUUAAAGAAUUUCUAAAUUUGGAAACUAAAUUACUUUGUGAUUCUCCACACAAUAUUGUUAAUGUUGUUGAAUUUGAUGGAAAAGAAUAUUUGAUUCAUAGAAAAGGUGUUAGUUCUUUUGAUGAUAAAUUUGUGUCUAUUGGUGGUAGUAUGGCAACUGCUUCAUAUUUAGUUAUGAAAGAUUCAAAUGUUUUUUAUAACUCAACAUGCCAUGGUUCAGGUAGGAAAUUAAGUAGAAGAGAAGCUAGGGAGACAUUGUCACAUGAUGUUGUUAUAAAUUCUAUGAAAGAUAAGAAUAUUGAAUUGAGAUCAAAUUCUAAAAACGGUAUAAUAGAAGAAGCAGGUGAAUGUUAUAAAGAUAUUGAUCAAGUGAUUUCUCAUUGUGUUAAUUUAAAAAACUUAAAGAGAGUUUGUAAAUUAAAACCUUGUAUUGUUAUAAAAGAAUGA